AUUUUUCAAUAUAUAUGUAUUAUGUAACCAUUGGACUAGCUUAUCUAAUCCUUGUUGUGAUUCCCUCUAUAAUAUACAAUAUACAUAGUACAUACUACUUUAAUUAAACUAUAUUUUUGUAGGCGCUUCCUCCUUACCGCCUGUUGCUAACAGUUCAAUGAAUAAUACAAUCAACUCCCCUAACACAGGAGUUGGAAUAAAGGCAAAGGAGAUUAAAGAGAACAAGGAGAACAAGGAAGGCAAUAUUAAAGAUGUUCAGAAACUUCAGCAGCAGCUUGCAGACAUCAAGGAGCAGACAAUGUGUCCAGUCUGCUUAGACAGGUUGAAGAAUAUGAUAUUUCUGUGUGGGCACGGGACAUGUCAAAUGUGCGGAGACCGCAUGAGCGAAUGCCCGAUUUGUAGAAAACCUGUAGAGCGAAGAAUUUUACUUUAUUAAACAUAUAAAUCCGCCAGAUCUUGAGAUGUAAACCCCCAAGUGAGAGGGACGAAUUUUCCUCCAUCUUCUCCAAACCAAAUUCAUUGAGAACAAUUUAUUAGAUAUCGAGAUCAUGACAAUUUAUCAGUAAAUUUAAGAAUCUUGUUAAAUUUAUGAAAUGCUUUUAUUCAACCAACUAGUUUUAAAUGACUUGAAAUUAAAAUUAAAUAUAAGUUUUAGUUAAUCUUCUGUGAUCCUAGAUUUCAACGAUCUGAAAACGUAGUUACCUAUGAAUAUUCUGAACUCGAAUCCCCCUGUAUUAAAUGUAUGUAUUAAAUGUUAAUAUUUCAGAAAAA